AAAUUCAGUCUGACACACACAUUUCAACUCACAUUUCUCUAAACACAAACACUGUGUUUGGAUGAAACCUAAAUAACAUCAUUUAUAAGAGUCACUCAAAAAAAAGGACAUUAAUUAUUCUCAGAACUAACUUUGUUUUUUCCUCUUUUGUUUUCGCAGAAAAAUGUCGAGUUCAGGCUUAUUUUCAAUAUUCGCUUCUCCAGAUCAAAGUGAUGAUGAUGAAGACUAUGAUAGCUCUCAAAACCAAAGUGAGGAAAUGAAGGGAGAGGUUCACAGUUAUUUAGAGGAGAGCAUUCGUCCUUACAUUGAUCUGAUCGACACUCUGCGGUCAGUUGGCAUUCACAAGGACUUGGCAUUACCGACAAUUGUAGUGAUCGGAGACCAGAGUUCUGGGAAAAGCUCUGUGUUGGAAGUGUUGUCUGGAGUUGCAUUACCAAGAGGAAGCGGAAUUGUCACCAGAUGUCCACUAGAGCUGAGGCUGAAGAAAGUAACUGGUGUCAAGUGGAAGGCUGUUCUCUCCUACCGUGAUACGAAAAUUGAAUUUGUGGAUUCAUCAUUAGUUGAAAGACAUGUUGAAACAGCCCAGAAUGUGCUGGCGGGAAAAGGGGUGGGAAUAUGUGAUGAGCUCAUCACUUUAGAGGUCAUGUCACCAGAUGUGUGUGACCUCACACUGAUCGAUCUACCUGGAAUUGCCCGAGUCCCAGUACAAGGACAACCAGAGGAUAUUGGAAACCAGAUUAAAAGUCUGAUAACAAAGUUUAUCGAGAUGCAAGAGACUAUAAACCUGGUAGUGGUCCCUUGUAACACUGACAUCGCCACAACAGAAGCAUUAAAAAUGGCACAAGAAGUAGAUCCUGAGGGCAAAAGAACUAUCGCUAUUUUGACCAAGCCAGACCUCAUAGACAAGGGAACAGAGAGGAAUAUCCUGGACAUUGUCCACAACAAAGUAAUUCCUCUCCACAAAGGUUACGUCAUGGUGAAGUGUAGAGGACAACAGCAGAUCGAUGAGAAAAUUCCUUUGGAGGAGGCGACAGAAAUAGAGAGAGAUUUCUUCCAAAACCAUGACUAUUUCAGAUGCCUCUUGAAAGAGGAUAAAGCAACUAUUAAAUUUCUUGCCAUCAGACUGACUCAGAAUCUUGUCGAUCAUAUCAAAAAAUCACUGCCACAGCUCAAUGAGCAGAUAAUAACACAGUUGUGGGACGUGAAGAAUGAGCUCAAAGAGUGUGAGGCUGGACCACCAAAUGACCCUAAGGGGGCCAAACAGUUCCUCAUUGAAAUCUUAAAAAGAUUCAAUGAUCAAAUCAACUCCUUAUCAUCAGGGGAGCUGAUUAAUCCAGAAAAUGUGUUUUCCCAGCUUCGGGCUGAAUUCAAGAAGUGGAAUGAUCAUCUUAACCAUACAAAGUCAUCCUUUUGCAGUUUGAAAGAGUUUUGCAAGAAUUACAGAGGGAGGGAAUUGCCCGGUUUCAGCAACUACAGAAUGUUUGAGUGGGUUCUGCAGCGCCAAGUGGCCACACUUAAGAAGUCAGCCAUGGAAUUGCUCAGUGUCAUCAAAGACAUCAUCCUCAAGCAAUUCAAAGAUGUGUCCUAUAAAUGCUUUCGGAACUACUCUGUACUUCAACAUAUCACUGAGACCAAAAUCAACAACAUUCAGUCAAGUCAGGAAGAUAAGACUGAACAGAGGAUCUCAGAGCAGUUUGAAAUGGAAAACAUGGUCUUCACUCAAGAUCCCAUCUACUUGAAGAUCUUGAAUGAGAUUAGCGAAGAGACAUUUUCAGAAAAGCAAUUACCUGUCUUUGACAUAAAGAGCAAGUACAGUGAAAUGCUGCAGGCGUAUUAUGAGAUUGUGGUGCAGCGGAUGGCUGACCAACUGCCCAUGAUGAUCUCUUUUUUCAUGCUGAAGCAGACUGCUCAGCUCCUGUCUACUGACAUGUUGAGUUUACUGGACGGGGCAGAUGUGAGCGAGCUCCUGUCUGAGGCCACUGAAGUUGGUACAAGACGCAGAGACCUACAUGCCCGUCUGGACCGUUUGACUGCAGCUCAGAAAGCACUUAAUGAUUUUAUUUGAGGGACCUACUGACUUGUCACAUCUGUUUAAGGUUUUUCAUGCCAUGUGAUUCCUUAAUCUUCUCAUUUGUUCUUCUUCUUGUUGUUUUUUAAUGAGGACUAGCAUCCAUAGGUGCAUUACCAAAACCUUCUGCUCCAGAACAGAGUUUAGAUUCUAUUCAUCAGCCUUGUCUCCCUAAUAAAUUCAAAGAAUGCUUUACUGUUUAUCUCACUUGACCAUUUUAUUAAAGCUUUAAUAUUUGAGGUCUGUUUUUCCUCAUUUCUUCUAUCAUAUUGUUCCUUUCCUGCUCAUAUUUAGUACAUUCAGUAACUGCAUGAGAUAUAGUCUCCUCAACCUGCCAUUGUUCAUGUAAUCCAUUUGGAUGUUUUCCUAUUAUUUUGGGAGUGCUGUUUAAAUUGGAAUACCCUAAACUUAUUCUACUGUAAAUACAUUUUUUUUUUUCUUGAUUUACCUACAUAUCUUAUUUUUUAUUUACUUUAUUAAUUAAGCUGUAAACCCCUUUCCCCACUGUUCCACUUUAUUGCUUUUAGUAUAUUAGUACUGUAUCCACAUUUUUCUGUUGCUUAAUUAAUCAGAUUAAUAAGUUCUCCUCAUGCGUUGUGGUCAUGCUUUGUUUGAUGUGUUAGGUUUUCAUUGGUUGAUUUUGUCAUAUGUUAAUCAGUUCUGUUUUGUCAUUGGUUCAUUGUCUUUAUCAUGCUCAGGUGUAUCUUGUUUGUCAUAGUCCAUGUGUUUAUAUAACCCUUUUGUUUCCAUAGUCCUUUUGUUAGCUUUGCUUUUUUCAUGUAACCAUGUCAAGUUCAAGUCAUAGUCAAGCACUCUUGUUAAUGGCACUGUUUACUUCUGUUUGUUUUGUAUUUGGUUUGGGUUUUGCUCAUUAAACUGCACUGUAAACCCUAA